AUGCUCGUUGAUAUACCAACACUGAACGCCGACAGAUUGUCAGCAAAACAAUUGUCCAAUUUCGCAGCGACUAGCACGCCUGUUAUCAUCAAGGGUCUUCGGAUGCCUCAUAUCGAUCUUCUUGCGAUACUUCAACUCGAAGCAAGCAACAAGACAAUUUCGGUCGCUCCACUUCAAGCGAACAAGACUGACAAAUGGUUGGAACAGAUGCGAGAUUGGGUUCCCUGCCCAGUGGAAACUGGUGCCGUCGUAUUUGCUGUUUCGGGACGAAGAAUGAGGAUUUCCCUUUCUGACUUUAUUGCUAACAUCGAUCGCUUUUAUGCUGACGGCGCUGGCAAUGGUUCUAAGUCUUGGAAAUUCCUGGCUGACUACAUAGGCCGUCGCUGCGAUGUGGGGAAAAUAGACGCUAUGCUUGACGGCCCGUUGGAGAGACACAUUUGGCUUGGCCCUUCUUCGACUCAAUCAAGCCGAGUUUUGUCUUACGAUAAGCAUGUGCGCAUGCGUGCCAAGCUGGAUGGAGGCGCACGCGUCCCAAGCUGGAUGGAGGGUCGGCCACGACAAGUACCACAACCCCGACUCCCCAUGGGUAUUCUUGCCCGUCAACCAACUGCUCAUCGAAUGGCGACUACUGCAAGAACGUUGCUAAAGGCAAAGGGGCCUGCCACCUACAUAUUCACCAACCUUGCUAUUGUGAUAUCACGGCCGGACCAGAUCCUGGAAAGCGAGAUUGUAGAUCUCCUGACUGUGAUAGGUUCGGGGACUACUGCCAGAACUUCGAAUAUGGUCGAGGUCAUUGCCAUCGGAAUGCUACUAAGGACUGCACUUGCCCGCCAAUCACGAGCACGACCACUUCAAGCACUACCGGUCCUACGAGCCCGUCUCCUACCACUCCAUCUCCUGGCAGCACUACAACGGGUCCAUCGACUGCCCCUGGCAGCACUACAACGGGUCCAUCGACUGCCCCUGGCAGCACUACAACGGGUCCGACGACUGCUCCAGGGCCGACCACAUCCACGACUACCGCCGCUCCUUGCAGCACUACAACGGGUCCAUCGACUGCCCCUGGCAGCACUACAACGGGUCCGACGACUGCUCCAGGGCCGACCACAUCCACGACUACCGCCGCUCCUUGCAGCACUACAACGGGUCCAUCGACUGCCCCUGGCAGCACUACAACGGGUCCGACGACUGCUCCAGGGCCGACCACAUCCACGACUACCGCCGCUCCUUGCAGCACUACAACGGGCGCGUUAUCGACCACCACAGGGUCGGCCCCGACAAGUACCACAACCCCGACUCCCCAUGGGCAUUCUUGCCUGUCAACCAAUUGCUCAUCGGCUGGCGACUACUGCAAGAACGUUGCUAAAGGCAAAGGGGCCUGCCACCUACAUAUUCACCAACCUUGCUAUUGUGAUAUCACGGCCGGACCAGAUCCUGGAAAGCGAGAUUGUAGAUCUCCUGACUGUGACAGUCGCGGGGACUACUGCCAGAACUUCGAAUAUGGUCGAGGUCAUUGCCAUCUGAAUACUACUAAGGACUGCACUUGCCCGCCAAUCACAAGGACGACCACUUCAAGCACUACCGGCCCUACGAGCCCGUCUCCUACCACUCCAUCUUGUGCAAGUCCAUCUCCUACCAAUCCCUCUCCUUCCAGUUAAACAUCUACCAGUCCGUGGCUUGGGUGUAUUUGUGCGAGGCUGUUAUGACCUAUGCAGUCAUUGACACUACGACAAGUUCACCCGCCGCAAAUAUCCUGAUUAUCGUUUAACAGCCUUCAUCGACUAGGUAGUCGAUAGACGGGUCAGCUCUGUGGAAGUAGAUCAUAUAUUUGACCAUUUCGAUCCAGCUGGGGGCACAGCUGAAAAAUUGCCAUAUUAUUUCGAAGCAGGGUAUAUUGUCUUUGUUAUCAAAAAUGUUAUCAUUCUGUCGGUCGAGCUCCUCAAGUCUUGGCUGUUUUAGAGACUCACCUUAUAUCCCCCGAGGCCUGAAGAUAGGUGAAAGUUUCACUCUUUUUUCACUAAGAGAACUACGGUAUACUCGAUUAGAAUCCAAUUGCGACGGGUCUAGCCU